UUUUUGCACAAAGUACUUCCGGUGGGGUCACCGACUAGCUUUUAUAAGGGAUCCUCUCUCCCGUGUUUACCAACCCGCUGUUUGGAGUAUCACGUGAGCCGAUUUGUUGCUUGCGGCUAAAUUAAUCCUUUAAAUAAUCAUCGUUGUCGGCCGCUUCGUCUGACUGCUCUCACCGAAAAGGACUCCUGCAGCCGGGGGGACGCGAGAGGCGAAAAGAGGAAGCAAUAGCCAACCAUCUUUCUUCUCCUGCCAGCAAUAACAAGAGACGAGGCUGGGUUCAAGUGGAUCUGUGUAGUUUACACUUUAAUUACCAGUUUUAUACUGGAUACACGAGUAGAGGGGGAAGGGGGGCACGACGCCGUAUCCGCGUUACGAUAGAUCCCGCUAAAAGCUCGCAGACUCUUGAGCUCAUCUCCCCGGCGAGACUGGAAGUUUCGGAACAGAAGACUGGCUCUUAAGAAUUUAGUAUUCCCGUUUUUUCAUGUUUCCAACAGGUUUAUCUUCCCCUAAUCCCCCACCACCGCCAACCCAGGAGGCCAGACCCUUGAAUGCCGAUGUCAAAAACGACGGCGUUAGCAUCACGUCUCCGAGGAAGAGGAAAAUAAACGGCUCAGAGAGGGACGACGCCGCCGAGCCGAUCUCCUCUUCGCCCCCCAAGACCCUGAAUUCCUCCUCCUCAUCCUCCUCCUCCUCUUAUUCUCCCACCCCGCUGCACGUCCACAAGAAGUUGAGGUUCGAGGAUUCGGCGGAUCUCAUCGGGCCGGAUGUGAAGAUGUCCGAGGAGGCCGCCGCCGCCGCCGCUUCGUGCUCCAACAACCGGAGCAAAGCCGCGGGACACCACGCCAACGGACUGACGAAGCCCUGCGGCAUCUUCUCCAGCAGCAAGCCCGGCGCCGCGAAGAAACUGGUCAUCAAGAACUUCAAAGAAAAGCCCAAAUUGCCUGAGAACUACACGCAGGAGACCUGGCAGAAGCUGAAGGAGGCCGUGGAGGCGAUACAGAACAGCACCUCAAUCAAGUACAAUCUAGAAGAGCUCUAUCAGGCUGUGGAGAACCUUUGCUCCCAUAAGAUAUCUGCCAAGCUUUACAAACAGCUGAGGGCCGUGUGCGAGGACCACAUCAAGGCACAAAUUGAUCAAUUCAGAGAGGAUGCCCUGGACAGUGUGCUUUUCUUAAAGAAAAUUAACAAGUGCUGGCAAGAUCACUGCAGACAAAUGAUCAUGGUUAGGAGCAUAUUUCUGUUUUUGGACCGCACAUAUGUUUUACAAAAUUCAAUGCUGCCGUCGAUCUGGGACAUGGGCUUGGAACUGUUCAGGUUCUACAUCAUCAGUGACCUGAAGGUCCAGAGCAAAACCAUCGACGGCAUCCUGCUGCUCAUCGAGCGGGAGCGAAGCGGCGAGGCGAUCGACCGCAGCCUGCUGAGGAGCCUGCUGAGCAUGCUCUCUGACCUGCAGAUUUAUCAGGACUCCUUUGAGCAACGCUUCUUGGAGGAAACCAAUCGGCUGUAUGCUGCAGAGGGACAGAGGCUGAUGCAGGAGAGAGAGGUACCAGAAUAUCUCCAUCAUGUCAACAAGCGCUUAGAGGAGGAGGCAGACCGAGUCAUCACGUAUCUAGACCAGAGCACACAAAAACCGCUCAUUGCAACAGUGGAGAAGCAGCUUCUGGGGGAACAUCUCACAGCCACCCUGCAAAAAGGACUGACUCACCUGCUGGAUGAGAACAGAAUUCAGGAUCUGUCUCUUCUCUAUCAGCUCUUCAGCCGAGUGCGCGGCGGCGUCCAGGUCCUCCUGCAGCACUGGAUAGAGUACAUAAAGGCUUUCGGCAGCACGAUCGUAAUCAACCCGGAAAAGGACAAAACGAUGGUGCAAGAGCUGCUGGACUUCAAGGACAAGGUGGAUCACGUCAUCAACGUCUGCUUCAUGAAGAACGAGAAGUUUGUCAACGCCAUGAAGGAGGCUUUCGAAACGUUCAUCAACAAGCGGCCAAAUAAACCCGCAGAGCUGAUAGCAAAACACGUGGAUUCAAAGCUAAGGGCAGGAAACAAAGAGGCAACAGACGAAGAACUGGAGAAGAUGCUGGAUAAGAUCAUGAUAAUCUUUAGAUUCAUCUAUGGAAAAGAUGUUUUUGAGGCCUUUUACAAAAAGGAUCUGGCCAAGAGGUUGCUGGUUGGAAAAAGCGCCUCUGUGGACGCUGAAAAAUCGAUGUUGUCAAAGCUGAAACACGAAUGUGGAGCAGCGUUCACCAGCAAACUGGAGGGGAUGUUCAAGGACAUGGAACUUUCUAAAGACAUUAUGGUGCAGUUCAAACAGUAUAUGCAGUGCCAAAACAUUCCUGGAAACAUCGAGCUGACGGUGAACAUCCUGACGAUGGGCUACUGGCCGACCUACGUCCCGAUGGAAGUACACUUGCCUCCGGAGAUGGUGCGACUGCAGGAGAUCUUCAAGACCUUCUACCUGGGCAAACACAGCGGCAGGAAGCUGCAGUGGCAAUCGACACUCGGCCACUGUGUCUUAAAAGCUGAAUUUAAAGAGGGCAAGAAGGAGCUGCAGGUGUCCCUCUUCCAAACACUCGUGCUGCUGAUGUUUAACGAAGGGGAGGAGUUCACCCUGGAGGAGAUCAAACUGGCCACGGGAAUAGAGGACAGCGAACUGCGCCGGACUCUGCAGUCGCUGGCUUGCGGGAAAGCGCGCGUCCUCCACAAGGUCCCCAAAAGCAAAGACGUGGAGGACGGGGACAAGUUCUCGUGCAACGAUGACUUCAAACACAAGCUCUUCAGGAUCAAAAUCAACCAGAUCCAGAUGAAAGAAACGGUGGAGGAGCAAGCCAGCACCACAGAGCGGGUGUUUCAGGAUCGCCAGUAUCAGAUCGACGCCGCCAUCGUGCGGAUCAUGAAGAUGAGGAAGACUCUGAGCCAUAAUCUCUUGAUGUCUGAAGUGUACAACCAGCUCAAAUUCCCUGUCAAGCCUGCUGACUUGAAGAAGAGGAUAGAGUCUCUUAUUGACAGGGACUAUAUGGAGCGUGACAAGGAGAACCCCAACCAGUACAACUACGUAGCUUAGAGAGAGGGAAAAAAAGUGACUGAGGAAAAGAGAUGCAGAUGGUCCAUUCAGGCUGAGCGGAUCGGUCUCUAAAUAUUUUGCUCCAAUGGAUGUUAACCAUUAUCAUCUUCAACCCAGCGACCGACAAGUGAAUGGAUACUGCUCCACAGGAUUGUUGUCAGGGUUGUUGUGAUCCUGUGGACUGCAUGCCCUUUGAAAAGAAAAUAUUGUCCAUGUUUCUCAGUACCUCUGAGAGAGUCGGGCUAACGUGGACUCGCUAAGAGGUUGUUCCAUUUGCUCUUUUUUUUUCUUUUUCUUUUUUUUUUAAUGGAGGAGAAAAAUAUUUAUUUUUAAACUUCGGUUCUUCUUGGUCCACAGUUUAAGCAACAUGCUCUUUGUUAUCACGUCACUAUUUGUCAUCUAGUUGCUGACACACACUUAACAAUGCUCUAAAUGUACCAAACGUUGGAGAGAAAAAGGAUCAAAAAAUGAAACCGAUGUUUCUUCAGUAAGUGUCAAGUGGACUGUGGACUGUUGGACUAAUAUUCAAAGUAGGGAAUUAACAAUUUGGGGAAUAUCUGUGUCAAAGUGUGCAGCGUUUUUACAAUUUUUAAGGCUUGAUGAAGCUGUGAUGAUGAACAUACAAAGCGUUCAAAGCAGAGUUUGUGCUAAAAGGAGCACUUCUUUUGUUAUAGGGUGUAUUCAAGCUGCUAAAACACUUCAGUUGUACAAGAAUAUGCAUUUGCAGUUUUUUCAUUUUUUUGUACAUAUUUCACUAAAGUGACCCAUUUUUAAGGAUCUCAUCUGACACUCAACUGCUUUGUAGUUGUUUUUGUCAACUCUUAGAAAGUAUUCUGAAAGCACAAUGAGAUCCGAGGCCUCAUCGUUCCUGGUGUCACCACAUACACACUAUUUCUUUUUUUUUGUAUGUCUCCCUGUGGGGCUUUCAGGCCUUGAUGAAAAGUGGGAGUGAUGACACAUGAGGGGAAAUUACGAACGAUUACAUAUGCCCUUGUUUGUAUGAGUCUGUUAGAUCUAUUGCUUCAGAUUAAAACAACUGUUUCAAACAGGG